UGCAUUUUAAAGGCUGAAUAUGUAUACGAGAAAUAUGUACCAGUGGUUAGUUCUGUUAUCGCUAGUUUCAUUAGCCAACUGCUCUUGGAGUAAUCGUGUUAUAGAAGACUUUAUAAAUAGUUUUUCCAACGUUGCAGAGGAUGAUGAAUGCGAUCAACCCGAAAUGUGUGAUGAGAUGCAAGUUAUGUUGCAUUUGGCUUGUAUACGCGCGACAAGUCCCGAACGUAUAUUACUUUUAUUGACAAGGGAACCGUUGUCUAAAGUUUGCGCUAAAACAUCGAAUGUUGUACAACACAUAAACGAAACGCUAACAGAUUGUGUACCGCUGCCAACAACUAAUUUGUAUAUGCGUUUAUAUCGGGCUGUGAUAUUCUUUUAUGGACAAAUGUGCGGCCCAGCUGAUACCAAGUCGAAACAUUUAGAAAAGUAUCACAACUGCAUAACAGAACUUCGCGACGAUUUAAUUGAUUGUGAGGGCCCCGCUGAUUGGUUUGAGAAACGCAGCAAAACGUAUGUUUGCAGGCAAUUCACCGAAAUCAUUAAUUGUGAUUAUAUCAGAGCGGCACUGCUAUGCGGUCUUAAGCCAGCGCGUUUGCUUCGAAGUUUCGCUGCCGAAGUUAUAAAUAAAGCGUUAUUGUCUAAGUGUCCGGUGUCGUCUUCAUUGCCGCAUGUGAAUAAUCCGAUGUCAGAUGGUGGCAGUAGAAGCUUUCCACAUGUAUCUCCUGUUCAAGUUUAUAUAUUUUUACUAGCUUUUAUGUUACAAUGUUUUAUGCAAUAACAACAAAUAUUAU